AUGUCAUCGUUCCGUCCUCAUGGGCCCUUCGGUCCUCUCGUCCCGGCAGUCACAUCCAGCGAGUGGUUGAAGAGGAAACCUUUGGGGUAUAAGGAUCCUGCUGAGAAGGAUUCUUCCAAGAAGGAUGCAGAGCUGUGUGCUGAUGAAUCGGAGUUGCCCGAGUGGGCUAAGGUGUCCAAGGAGGAGUACUUCAGAUAUGAGAACAUGUUCUGUGGAUAUUGUGGUUCCUUCUACGACCAAAGGCAGAAAGGGCAGUACUCGGUCUGCUCUAGAUGUGGGGCUAAGCGGGACAGAUUCGCCACUGGACCUCUGAUGGAGUCCCAUGCCGUAUUGGACUAUGGCGAGAUGAAGGUGUGGAUGAAGAACAUCAUAGACGAGGAGGAAGGGAAGGAGAAGAAGGACGACAAGAAAAUGGCCUUAGUGGAUGAGGAAUGCCCCAAGUGCAAGAAUCCACGGAUGGCGUUCUGGACUCAACAGCUACGAAGUGCUGAUGAAGGCCAAACCGUCUUUUACGAGUGCCAGAAGUUCGGGAUAGUGAGCCAGUGGCGGGGUCUGAGUAACACUACUGCAGUCGAGAGGCUGAGGAUGAUACGGAACAUGGGGGUUUUCGCCCAUGUGGAUGCUGGCAAGACCAGUAUUACGGAGAGAAUGCUAUUGCAUGCAGGGGAGAUAGGCCGGCCUGGGAGCGUCGAUCAGGGCACGGCUCAGAUGGACUACCUUCGUCAGGAGGUUGAGAGGGGCAUAUCAAUAAGGGCCGCGGCGACGACGUUCAAGUGGGCAGACUACACCAUCAAUUUAGUAGACACCCCUGGUCAUGUGGAGUUUGGCGCGGAGGUCCAGAGGGCUGUUAGGGUCCUCGGUGGUGCUGUAGUAGUAAUAGAUGGUACGGCGGGGGUGCAGGCCCAGACCCGUACAAUAUGGCGACAGACUGAGCAUCUACCGAGGCUUAUCUUUGUCAAUAAGUUGGACAUUGAAGGAGCUUCUUGGGCGACAGUCGUGCGGAGCCUCGACACAGCCCUACCGCAGUCCAUGAGCAAACCUCUAAUGAUCCAGUAUCCACUACUACACCCUUCGGGGGGCAUUCGGGGUACUGUGGAUCUGCUUACUCGCCAAGGGUAUGAGUACCAUGGAGAAUAUGGUGAGGCGCUGAGAGAGGUGGCAGUCGAGGCUAGGGAGGACUUGGAUGGCGUUGAAGAGGCCCGGACUGAUCUUAUAGAGACUUUGGCCAUUCUGGAUGAGAAGUUUGCCGACAGUUACUUUGAUGAGAAGGAGGUGUCGCCUGCAUUGAUGAGUGCAGCCAUACGCAGGCAGUCUAUCGUGCGGUGUAUAGUUCCCGUCCUCUUCGGCUCAGCUAUGACCAACAUAGGCAUUCAGCAUCUGAUGAACUCCAUACCGCUGUAUCUGAGUAACCCCAUAGAGGCUGCUCGCGAUCACCAGCACUACUUGCCCGACCCUCUGUUGGGGAGUACUAUGAUAGAGGCCUUCAAGGUGAUCCCCCCUUCAUUGAACCCAGAGGAGGAGAAGCGUGGCAACGUGGUCUAUUGUCGGGUCCUUUCUGGGGCUGUGGUAGCUGGUACAAAAUUGCGCAAUAGGACGAGGGAGGGAGGAGAGGAGUACGAGGCAUGCACUGGAGUCUAUAGAGUGAAGGCCUCCGAGUUGCAUCCGAGGGAGGUCCUGCUAGCUGGGGACAUCGGGGUGGUCACGGGCCUAGAGAACAUCCGUAGUGGGGAUAUCCUAACCGGUGUGGAGGGGGAAGAAGAUACGAGUGAGGCCAUCAUUGCUCUGAGGAAGGAGGAUGCUAGAGCCAGCGNNNNGGGUAUGCUUCGCCACGUUUACGACUUCAAAGUGGACCCUAACACGGGACAGUUCCUUGUAUGGGGCAUGGGCGACUUCCAUUUGGACCUUCUGCGUGACCGUAUAGAGACUGAAUACCACAUACCCGCUAGGAUGGGGGACUUGCGAGUCUGUCUUGCUAUUGUAACGUAUAGGGAGUACCUUUCAGAGGCCUUUGCCCUCACUAGCUCCUCCCCUGCUGCCCACGAUCUCGACCUGACUAUGAAGUUUAUGUUGUCAAUCGGGCCGACCAGGGACCUUCCAGUGUUACAGGACGGCGAGGAGGCGGGGGAGAAGGCCUACGUCAAUGAGGUACUCAUAGUGGGCGGGGUAGAUGCAGAGACUGCCCUGCCGGAAGGGCUGAAGGAGGAGUUGAGGGAACUACUGUCUGACGCUCUCACCAUUGGCCCUAUGAAGAAGUCCAAGAUGGCCGCCACCCAAGUGAGAGACUCCUCCCUCUCCUUGUAUGGCGACGAUCGUUGGUAUCAGGUGACGCUGUCUGACGUGGUGUGGUGUCCCGAAAGUGGCGAUGCUGCAGUACUGAAGGACGAGGUCAUCAGGAUGUUCAACUACCUUAUGAAAAUGGCCAAAAAGAAGAAGUCGGUGAAGGUACUGGAGCCGGUAGUUCAAGUGACGGUCAGCGGACCGGAGGCAGUGCGGGGGACAGUAGGGAGGGGGAGGUGA